UUAAUGGUCGGAGAAAAAUGCCUGGUCUAGGGUUUUAGAGGAAGCUACUGUGAUUUAAACCUCAAGUUUCUGAAGUCUGAAUCAUCUUUUACCUGAACAAUAUGGGUUUCUGGGGAAUCGAAGUGAAACCAGGAAAACCCUACCCUUACCACUCCGAUAAUGUUCCGGGUCGGCUUCACGUAACUCAGGCAACUCUUGGUCUGGGCUCAUCGACAGAGAGGAGCAUAGUUCAGUGCUCUAUUGGACAUAAGAGUCCAAUCUUUCUAUGCUCUUUGUUACCAAAUAAGGAUGAAUCAUGUCCCUUGAAUCUUGAAUUUGAUGAUGAUGAUUUGGUAGCCUUUUCUGUGAUUGGCCCAAGAAGUGUCUAUCUCUCGGGUUACUUCGAGGCAAUUGAGGGAGAUGGCAUCAGAGAUGACUAUGAAUCCGAUUCAUAUGAAGAGGAUAUUGCUGAGACAGAGUCGGGGUCAUCUGAUUAUGGUUCCGAUUAUGGUUCCGGUGAUGAAUAUGAUGAUGAAUUCGAUGAUGACGGCGAUGACGAUUUUGUCAUGUUUCCUCCUUCACCUGUCCGGAACAGUGGAGUUGUAAUUGAGGAGAUAGUGGAUGACGAGAAGCCUACAAACGGAAAUGGUCAAUCUAAACGGCAAAAGAAGAAGAAUCAAGCAAAUAGCUCUGAGGACAAGAAAAACUCUCAAAAUCAAAUCGUUGUUAGGGGAGAGACUGCCAUUCCUGUUCUGGAAAGUGAAGAUGAAGAUGGUUUUCCAAUUUCCACCAACCAUGAGAGCAAAUCAAAUUUUAAGAACCCUGAGGCAGAGGCCAAAUCUACAGAUGACAAAAAAGAGAAAACCAAGAAGAAGAAAGCACAAGAUGGUGAUGAUGGUAAUAACUUGAAAAGGAAAGUUGAAAGUAUUGACCAGGAGGGUCAUCCUGAAAAGGAAAAGAAGAAAAAGAAGAAGAAGCAGCUAAAGGGACAGGUUAGGGAUGAGAACUCUGAUGAAGAGCAGCCAGAGGAGUUGAAGAGCUACAACUUGAAUCAGGCCUCAAUGAAGACGGAUGAGCAUGAAGAAAAGCUCGCUAGUGAGAAAAUCCUUGACGGUGAAAUGCGUCAAGUUCCCAGUGAAACUCAACCAGAGGAGAAAAAGAAGAAGAAAAAGAAAAAUCAGAAGAAGAACCAAGACAUUAAAGAGGGGACCACUGCGGAUCAGACUGUUACAGCUCAGGAAGAUAAAAACAGAUCCACUUCGGACUCGGAGCAGAAGCAAACUGAUGCAAAGUCAUCCAAAGUGAGAACCUUUUCCAAUGGAUUGGUUAUCGAGGAACUAGCAAUGGGAAAACCAGAUGGUGAAAGAGCUUCUCCAGGAAAACAAGUCAGUGUCCGCUACAUUGGCAAGCUACGAAAGAAUGGAAAGAUAUUCGAUUCAAAUGUGGGAAGAGCACCAUUUAAAUUUCGCCUAGGUGUAGGACAAGUUAUAAAAGGGUGGGAUAUUGGUGUUAAUGGUAUGCGUGUUGGGGACAAGAGACGACUUACUAUUCCACCAGCAAUGGGUUAUGGAAGUAAGGGUGCGGGUGGUAAAAUUCCUCCAAAUUCGUGGCUCAUAUUUGAUGUUGAAUUGAUUAAUGUUCGUUGAUUCUCCUGGAAUUGAAGAAAGUUUUGUCUGACAAUAGAUUAAAAAAAAAAAAUUUGUUAGAAACAUCUGCAAGACAAUUCCAGAGUGGGUUUGAGGCCUGUAACAAUUUUGUCGUGAUUGUGGAAAGUUCUGUUUUAAGGAUUUGGACCUUUUGACGUUUAUUGCUCGUGUAAAAGUCCGACCUGAAAGCUGGUGGAAUUUUGGUUGAGUUCAUUAAGAUCAAGAACAAGAACCACCAUAAUUUGUUUACUUUCAGUACCACCACAAUUUGAAUUCCUGGUAGUCAAAAAUUGGAAGUCUUUUUUUUUUUUUUUUUGAAAAUGAAAAGAGAUUUCG